ACAGUAUAGAGACACUGUCAGAACCACGCGUUUGUCUGAUUGAUAGCUACAUAAUUUUGGACAUACAAUAAAAUGGCAUUUAUUAAGUGCCAAGUUAUAUGUACAGUUUUGCUGACUGUAAGUGCGGUGUCAGGCUAUGUGGUGGAGCUCGACGACACGUUUACUGAAACAAAAGGAGAAGAUAUAUGGCUGAUAAAAUUCUAUGCUCCUUGGUGCACAUUCUGCAAAGAAUUGAGCCCGGUGUGGCAUGAAGUUGCAGCAGAGUUGAAAAGUAUGGGGUCAGAGGUCAAUGUGGGAAGAGCUGACGCCUCAACACAGACCAGUCUUGUAAAGGUGUUCAGAGUGGGAGGUUAUCCAGCUAUAAAGAUGUUGAAAGAUGAUGUGAAGUACAACUAUCAAGGCCCUAGAACCAAAGAUGGCAUCCUUGAUUUUGCUACUAGAGUAUCUGGACCUUUGGUAAGGCCCCUAACCACCCCACAGUUGUUUCAACAUGCUUUAAGUAGACACAAUGUUCUCUUUGUCUACGUUGGUGGGGCUUCCCUUUUAAAGACAGACUAUGUUUCUUCAGCCAAGGAGCUGAUUGUGCAUACAUACUUCUUCUCUGCCUCAAGGGAUGUUUUACCUAAGGGGGUAACCAUUCAUCCUCUUCCAGCUGUUGUUGUGUUCAAGGAGGGGACAUUCUAUACUUAUGACAUGGACCAAGAUGGUGAUCUCACAUCCUGGAUAAAUAGAGAGCGUUUCCCUUAUUACCUAAAGAUUGAUACUUUUACUUUGUAUUUAAUGGGAGAUUCAGGCAAACUGGUGGUUUUGGCUCUAGUUGAUGAGAAGAAACGUUCACAAUAUAGCAUCUGUUACAAGACGAUGGUGGAAAAAGUGUCUAGAGAAUACAAGGAGCUUUACCGGAGUGAACUCCAGUUUGGUUAUAUGGAAGGGAAGGAUUACAUUGAUGGGUUCAUCAUGGGGGAAGUGGCCAUACCUUCCAUUAUUAUUUUAAACCUGUCAAAUGAUGGAUAUUUUUUGCCACCUGAUGAAGUGCAGACCGAGGAGCAGUUGGUGCAAUUUAUUAAUGGUGUAUUGGAUGGUAGCUUCAAGUCUCAAGGGGGUAAUGGAUUAUUUCAGCGAUUCCAGAGGUUUGUGUACAACACCAAACUGACUGUGAUGCCUAUAUACACCAAAGCACCAAUUUUGAUCUUCUUUGUCCUUAUCAUGUUUAUGAGUGGUUUCGUAAUUAUGUUUUACUUUUUAUAUACUUGUUGUUGUUCAUCUGAAAAGGACGAAGAAGAGCUCAGUUCUGGGGCAAAGAGCGAGGCUGACAAAAAGGCAGAUUAACUGUAGAGUGGACAACUGCUUUUUUUUAUCAAUCCCAAACCUCCUUUGAACAUGUAAACCUUUUUCAAACAAGCAGCAGUUAGCCAGGUGGUAGUCCAAUAUUUAUUAUUAAAAGAACAAUAGCUAUAGGGACCUAACUGAAAGUGAUUCUCAUAAUAAAACACGCAUGUUUUCAAGUC